AUGACGCCACAUCCCCAACAAACAGCUCUCGCAGCCUCCCUCGCCGACCCAGAGUCAUUCUGGGCCGAACCCGCGAAGCGGCUCCACUGGCACAAAGCGCCGUCGCGCGCGCUGGCGCGGCGCACGAAGACAUUGCCCAGCGGCGUCGAGCAUGAGCAUUGGUCUUGGUUUCCCGAUGGCGAGAUCUCCACCUCGUACAACUGCGUUGAUCGACAUGUGCGGGCGGGCCGGGGCGGUGAUGUGGCGAUUAUUUGGGAGUCGCCGGUCACGAAGACUGUCGAGCGGUUUACGUAUGCAAGGUUGUUGGACGAGGUGGAGGUUUUGGCCGGGGUGUUGAGGGAGGAGGGGGUUAGAAAGGGAGAUGUUGUUAUUAUUUACACGCUCAUCGCCGCGCUAGCAAUAACCCGCCUAGGCGCCAUCCACGCCGCCGUCUUCGGCGGCUUCGCAGCGCAAUCAUUGGCGCAGCGAAUCGAGGCUGCCCGCCCGCGGGCCAUCAUGACAGCCUCGUGCGGCAUCGAGGGGUCCAAGGGCCCAAUUGACUACCGGCCGCUAGUCGAGGGCGCAGUGCGAGCCAGCAGUUUCAAGCCGGACAAGGUCAUUGUCUGGCAGAGGGAUGAGCUGCGCUGGAAUAACCCGGAUAAACUGGGUGGACAGCGGAAUUGGCAGCGGUUGGUGAAGAGUGCGCGGAUGAGGGGGGUAAAGGCUGGUCCGGUGCCGGUGAAGAGUACGGAUGGGUUGUAUAUUAUCUAUACCAGUGGAACGACGGGUCUACCAAAGGGUGUCCUCCGCGAAGCGGGCGGCCACGCCGUCGGCCUGGACCUGUCUAUCCGCAUGCUAUUCAACAUCAACGGGCCCGGCGACGUGAUGUUCUGCGCCUCAGACAUCGGCUGGGUCGUGGGACAUUCGUACAUCCUAUACGCGCCGCUGCUCGUCGGCGCAACAACCGUCCUCUUCGAAGGGAAACCCGUCGGCACACCAGACGCAGGCACAUUCUGGCGCAUCGUGGAAAAGCACAACGUCAAUGCUUUAUUCACAGCUCCAACCGCGAUGCGCGCCAUCCGUAAGGAUGACCCGGGGGAUAAGCUAUUCGAAGAUGUUGGUGCGCGAGGGGGGCUGAAGAGUCUCCGCGCACUAUUUCUUGCCGGCGAGCGUAGUGAACCUAGCAUCGUGCGUGCCUACCAAGAUCUGCUAACCAAACACGCCGCGCCCGGCGCACUGGUCAUCGAUAACUGGUGGUCCUCCGAGUCCGGAUCCCCCAUCACAGGUCUAGCACUGAACACCAGCGCAUGCCACCCGAACCACACAACCAUCAACACCGCACCCCUACCCAUCCGCCCCGGCUCCGCCGGCCUCCCCAUGCCAGGCUUCGACGUCCGCAUCGUCGACGACACGGGGACCCAAGUCCCGCCCAACACAAUGGGCAACAUCGUCCUCACCGCACCCCUCGCACCAACCGCAUUCACAAACCUCUUCGAAGACGACGAGCGGUUUUACCACGGGUACUUGAAGCGGUUUGGCGGGCAGUGGGUGGAUACGGGGGACGCGGGACUGAUCGAUGAAGAAGGGUACGUGCAUAUCAUGUCGCGCAGCGACGAUAUUAUCAACGUUGCCGCGCACCGGUUUAGCACGGGUGCUAUUGAGCAGGCUAUCCUGUGUCAUCCGGCUAUUAGUGAGGCGAGUGUUGUGGGGAUUCCGGAUGAGUUGAAGGGGCAUUUACCGUUUGCUUUUGUGCAUUUACGACCCGGGGCUGGAUAUACAUCUCCAUCUGCAUCUGGAGAUGGAGAGGGGGACUUACCCGCUGCUGUCCCGGAUACACUAUUCAAAGAGAUCAACGCGCAUGUGCGCGAACAAAUCGGUGCUAUCGCUUCUUUAGGCGGGAUUAUCCAGGGGAGGGGCAUGAUUCCAAAGACGAGGAGUGGGAAAACGUUGAGGCGGGUUUUGAGGGCGUUGGUCGAGAAUGGUGUACGGGGCAGGUUUGACGAGACUGUUAGUGUGCCGCCGACGGUGGAGGAUUUGGCGGUUGUGGAUGUUGCGAGGGGCAGGGUUAGGGAGUACUUUUUGGAGAGGGAGAAGCGGAAGGAGAAGCAGAUGGAGGUAAGAGGAAAGGCGAAGCUUUGA